CCCGUCUCCUAGCAACGGCAAGCCUUGUAUCGGGUUGAUCCCCUCAUAAGUUAUUUAUGUGACCGGCACAACAAUAUGUCUCCUUUUGUGUACAGAUAAUCUAUUCCAGCGGCCACUUUGUGGGAUUUUCUCACUGUGUGUCCACGGAAGAGUUUACAAUGACAGCGGCGCAAACAGCAGCGGGGUACGGGCAGGGCACGUUCUCCUCCACCGUCCUCACUAACCGGGGGGACAACAUGACGGUGUUGUCGGACCUUCCCUACCCGAGAUCGGAGAGACCGCCCCUCUCCCCGUCCAAGGGUUACCGCCCCAUGCACAGAUCCACGCUCACCCUGGAGAAGAACCCCUUCAAAUCCGACCACAAGACAACAGUCAAACAUUUCUACAGUGGUGACAAGGCCUUGCCCGCAGUCAGCCGUCCAGCCAAGAUGCCGUCCAUGCACACCUCACAGAUAGACCUGAAGGUUACCAAGGAUACGUACCUCCACACACAUCACAGGAACGCCUUUCUCAUUCCUCCAACUGUGCCGGCAACAGUGGAACACGAACCUUCCAACAUCAACAGACACAACCAGCGCGGAGGGUUUGACAUGAGACGGGUUCUGGUCAACCCGAGCCAGUCGCUGGACUACUGGACAACGUACGCACGCAUCCACGACAAGGUGGGGCACCAACGGGGGCCGGGAGCGCCCAGGGUUCCGACAGCACCUGAGCGAUACAACAUUCUAUCAGGAGCGUCCCUUGCCCACGGGAGGAGAGAGAGUUUCCAACGGACAUCAGGAAACAGGGUACUGAACAACAUCAGGGCCAACAACAGCAGUGUCCUCUUAGGAUGACCUUGUUUGAAAUAACCUUCAACCCACAAGCCCUCCAGACUCGCAUUGAACUCUUCAGAGAUACUGCUUAGAGUAUGGGACUUGUGUAUGAAUCAGUGUUACUCCUGCCAGUGGUCACUUUUGUGGCGGCUUAAAAUCUACAUAUCAUAUAUA